CUUCUACGUCGGCGCUUCGAGGUCCCCUCAUUUUUUUUGGGAGCUUGGUGCCUGGCGAACUAAACUCCGGAGGAAUAAGUCGGGGUCUGAGUGUUGGUGGGCUUCACCGCUCCUCCUCCCCGCCGACAGAGCCCCUCGCCCGGACGGCCAGUGAACGCGGUCGGCGCCCCGAGCCAACGAAGCGGGAGCCAUGCCCGUCCCCGCCGCAUACCUCGGCGAAUCCCCCGCCGCGGCCUUCACAUCCUCGGCCUCGCUUGUCCCGCCGCCGCCGAUAAACACGCGGCAGCCCGGCGUCGUCACCUCGCUGCUGUACAGCGGCUCCAGGUUCCGGGGCCACCAGAAGAGCAAAGGGAACUCGUACGACGUGGAGGUCGUGUUACAGCAUGUCACCAUGGAGGACUCCUACCUGUGUGGCUACCUGAAGAUAAAGGGACUGACUGAGGAAUACCCGACUCUGACCACAUUCUUUGCCGGAGAGAUCAUCAGCAGGAAACGACCAUUUCUCACCAGGAAAUGGGAUGCAGAUGAAGAUGUGGAUCGUAAGCAUUGGGGCAAGUUCCAGGCCUUCUACCAGUAUGCAAAGACCUUCAACUCAGACGAUUUUAACUAUGAGGAUCUAAAGAACUCAGACUUUAUUUUCAUGAGGUGGAAGGAGCAGUUCCUGGUCCCAGACCACACUAUCAAAGACAUCAGCGGCGCUUCCUUUGCUGGAUUCUACUACAUCUGCUUCCAGAAAUCCACAGCAACGAUCGAGGGCUACUACUACCACAGGAGCUCUGAAUGGUACCAGUCUCUAAACCUCACCCAUGUUCCAGAGCACAGUGCAGCCAUCUAUGAGUUCCGGUGACCCCGGCCAACAUCGUGGAUCUUUAAUUUUUUUAUUAUUGGACGGACAAAGACUUGGGGCUAAAGCAGAGUUCUGCAGAUGCUAGUGUGGAGGACAAGGAGAACAACCAAGGUUGAAAACGUGAGCUUUGGCAAAGUGCUCGUGUGUUCACACUCAACGGAUGGACAGGGACAAAUGAAUGUAUGCACAGAUGAGACCAGAAGGAGGAGCCAGUUCUGCUCCCUGGCUGGAGCUUGUGACGUUGGAACCAGCAGCAGAGACUGGCCGUGGGUCAUAUCAAACACCCAUUCUAUCACGUGUUUUAAUGUCUGGUUUUAAAAGACGCUUUGCCAAGCAUCUCAAGACGCUUUCAUCCAGCAGAUGCAGAACGAGCUACGUAAACACGUCCGACGACAGCAGGACAAGGACUCCUCGGAAGAGUCCGCUUUUAUAAACACAAUCCCUCAAGCAGUACAAUCACGUAAAUUUUGCUUUUCACGAUUAGAGCUCUUCCCGUUUGAGGAUCGGAGCUUUAAUUGAACCAUAAGCUACAGUAUAAUAACAGUAUUUCUUUUUUUAACGCUAAGCUGGUAUUAGUUUGCCUGCCAAGAGUAUUGCCGCAGCGUGGCACCUUUUUUUUAAAGGCUGAAGUGUGAGUGAUACACAAAACAAGCUUUUCCCCUGUGUUUCGUCAAACCUUCUUGUGAGAUUAUUAUCACGUGAUUGCUGUGGAUCUGAAUCUAUUGAGAAUUUGCACAAAGGCGGAGUACGCGUUACCAACGCCUGCAGUCGGAAUUCUACAUUCGCACUCCUCAGUACACAAGCUCCGAGCGUCACGGUGGCAGGUCAAGCUUUGACUUAGACUGUUUUUAAAGUGUUUGGAGCCAAAACAACUACAUAGAAGUAUUCAGAGAGAAAUUAUUUUAUUUAGCCCUGCGCUCUGCAUUAAACGCAGAGCUUUUUACCUCCCUAUGUGUCAUUUUAAAUUAAGACCCACCCCCCCACUAUCCCUACAUUUACACGUCUCCUCGACUAUGCAACACUGUCAACAUAGCACUCUUCAAACAUCAAACCUCCGGAUUUCAGAGACAAAAAGUUUAUUCUAUCGUUAAAGAGUAUAUGAAAAAUUACAAAAAAAAAGAAUCUAUCUUCAUUAAAAGAGGUAUUUUUGUUAAAUUGCCUAUGAAAUCACCGUCCUCCCCGGUCAUGAUCCCCCUCCAUGUGAUGGUGCCAUCUUUUUAAACGUUUAUCAGAGUUGUAUUAUAACAGGUCAGAAGUGUGUUUGAGAACAAGCCUGGAUUUGAUUGAUGUGUGACUGUAAAGAAUUGAUUGCAGAUUUGAAAAACAGAAAAAACAAUUGGUUUCAAAAACUUU